AUGGAUUUAACUCCCAGUUUCGACCCAUCAUCCGUUGAAAGUAAACCCGUUGAAGCUAUCAGAGUGGAAUACACCUGCUGGAAUGGAGUGUCUGGUACCAGAUACCUGAAGACAGAGCGAGAUAUGAUCAACCAUUGGCCAUCCUUGAUCAUCUCGCGAAACGGAGAUACCAACUCGUUCUUAGUCAAUGCUGAAGGAACUGAAGAAGGACCUCUACAGGGUACUUUCAAGGUGCCCUGUGACGACCUUGGUGAGUUGGGUACCAUCCUAGAUAAUGAGGUCAGAACUAGUAUGGUCCCGCUCUCCGAAGUACCAGGUGACGGGGAGGCAGAAACAGCUGUGAAAGGAGAGGAAGCUGAAGAAGAGUGA